AUGGCUUUUUCUACCCAAAACCGACUCAUUAUCGCAUAUAUUUUUCUCUUAAUUAAUUUAUCAUCAACACAAACCAAACAAGCCUCUUCUUCAUGCUUCAAAUCCAUAAUUGGGUUCGGUGAUUCACUAGCUGAUACUGGAAACCUAAUCCAUCUCUAUAAAUCGGACCCUCCCUUCUUUUUUACGGUGCCACCGUACGGAGAAACAUUCUUCCAUCAUCCCUCCGGAAUAUGCUCUGAUGGGCGCCUCAUUAUCGACUUCAUUGCUGAAUAUUUGGGGCUUCCUUUGGUGCCGCCGUUUUAUGGUGGGAAGAAUUUGAGCGGCGGAAGUAGCGUGAAUUUUGCGACGGCAUCGGCGAAUGCGCUGCCGGACUACUUUUUUAUGAGCAAAGGCAUCAAAGUGCGUAAUGCAAAUAUUUCUCUCUCCGAUCAGUUGCGUUGGUUUAAGGAAUUAUUUUUGCCAAAAUUCUAUCGCAAACAUUCAGAGCUUAAGAGAUUUAUGGAGGAAUCAUUGGUGAUAGUUGGAGAGAUAGGAGGCAACGACUAUAAUCACGCUUUACUUGAUGGAAAAAGCAUGGAGUCAGUCAAAAAUUUCGUACCUCAAGUUGUUGGUGAAAUCACUUCAGCAAUCAAUGAACUGAUUAAACUUGGAGCAGUGACACUAAUGGUUCCAGGCAACUUUCCCAUUGGAUGUUUAGCCGCAUAUCUCACAAUGUUCAAAAGCUUGAACCAAAAUGAUUACGACCCAAAAACCGGUUGUAUUGAUUGGUUAAACGAGUUUGCUACUCACCACAAUAACCUACUUCAAUCCGAACUUAACCGCAUCCAAGAGGAGAAUCCCACCACCAAAAUUAUCUACGCGGACUAUUACAAUGCUGCAAUGCGCUUCUAUGGCUCCCCACUAGAAUAUGGGUUCACAAAAGGAGGGCUUGCAACUUGUUGCGGAGGGUGCGGACCAUAUAACAUAGACCCGUCGCUACGAGGGAGUCAAGUGUGUGAGAAUCCAUAUGAAUAUGUGGGUUGGGAUGGCUUGCACUUGACUGAAGCAGCAUACAAAGUGGUGGCAACGGGUUUGAUCAAAGAAUCUUAUACCAUUCCUCGAAUCAAUUAUUCAUGGGCUUUGUCUUCCAACUAUGGUGCUGUCAACCUUUCCGAUCAAUAAUUAUAAAUAUAGGGUUCAUGGUGCUCGUUGGAAGUAUAUUUGUAUAUCAAUUAACGAAGAGGAAUCAGCUUUACGCUUCAUUAGGGUUCCUCAUUGUAUGGAAAGAAGAAGUAAAGAUGACAGUCUAUCAAAGAAAGGGAACAAAUUGCGCAUAUAAUUAGAGGUGGUGUGGGGUGGGGACUGGUGGUAUUGAGUCUUUUAAUUGACCCAUCCUUUAAUGGUGGCAGGUACCAUUACUCAGCUUAAGGCAAUGGUGUCUCCUAUUGUUGGAGCUAGAUCUGCAGCUACUUCAUUAUUGUUUAUCAUUUUAUCUUGUCAAUAAACACCAAUACAUGGGUCUUCAAUUAUUUAACAACAUUGUUUAAUAGGACAGUUACUAAAAACAGAGACGGACCUAUGUGGGGGUACGGGGGUUCCUUGGAACCCCACCCAUUUUGCUAUUUACUAUACUAUGUAUAGUUAAACUACAUUGUUCAAGUAUUUAGUUAGCUGAUCAGU